AAUUCCAUGGAGAUGGAAGACGAAUGUGCAGGAGAUGAUUAUACCGAUGAAAAGAAUGAUGAUGAUACCACUGAGAGGAAGGAGAUGGAGAUUGAUCCAUCAGAGGAAAGGAAGAAAAAGUUUGUAGAGGAGCCUGAAAACACCAAUAGUGAUGAUUUCUGUGAUACCAAGGAUACUGGUGAUGGUCUUCAUAGCAACGAGAUGGUGGUUCUUCUGUCAGAAGGAGAGCUCAAAUUCGUUAUAAAGCAAGAACCUGAAGACACCGAUGGUCAUACCAAUGUCAAUCGUUGUGACUCCUUCCUUCCAUCAGUACAUAGGGAGCUCCAAUCCUUUAUAAAGGAAAAGCCUGUUGAUAUUGAAGAGGAACGCCUGAUUUCUAAUACAAAGGAAGAGUCUGCAGACAGUUAUGAAGGAUCUUUUCUGCAUGAACCACAAUUAUGCAGCAAUCAAGGUGGGAAUCCAAGUAUUCAGUGCACCUCUCAAGGGACUGGAAACACUGGGGAUAUAUCAGGUGAUACGUCAUGUGACAGGUCACAUGGGAAACAUCUUCAAGAGGAGGUUCCACUGCAAUUCCAUCUUGGAAACCAGUCAGAUUUAACUGAGAGAGAGAGCAGCUCAUCAAGUGAGUCUCUCUUACCAAACAAAGUGGACUCUCCCGAAGGAGAGAGUGCUACUACGAGUUCCUCCGUAUUAAAUAGCGAUGGUAAAAGAUUGGAUGGGAAUACAGACAGCAGAGGAAAUAAGUUUUGUUGUUCAAUCUGCAAUGAAGAAUUCAAAAGCCGGGAUUGUUGGUGGAGCCAUGUGAAGAUCCAUUGGGAAGAUAAGUCUUACAAAUGUACCUACUGUGAGGAAAGAUUCCGGAAACACAACGAUCUAAGGAAUCACUUAACAAUCCACGCUGAGGAACGGUUGCAAGUUAGCGACAAACUCUUUGAUGAUGACUCAAAUCUUCAAUCAAGUGUGGUGGUUUAUAUAAAUGAAAAGCAAGAUCAUUGCUCAAGUAAAGAUAAGAGUUCCGAAGAGGAUGCGUGCAUUGAAAAGUACUAUAAGUGUUCCAGUUGUGAAUGGCGGUUCCAAUCCUCUGCCGCUCUGGAGAGGCACAUGGCAUCACAUCUUGAGUGUUUUUCUUGUAAGAAAGUAUUUGCCAAAUUUGAUCAGCUCAAAUACCAUAUUAUGAUGAGUCACAAGGGAGAGAACCCCAGUGUGUUGAGGCCAAACAAGUGUUCUGUUUGUAAGAAAUCAUAUCACACACUUGGUGACCUGAAAAGCCAUAUGGGAAUCCACAAAGAAAAAGUGCAGCAUCAGUGCUCUGUCUGUAAACAAUCAUAUCACACGCUUGGUGAGCUGAAAAGCCAUAUGAGAAUUCACAAAGAAAAAAUGCAGUACCAGUGCUCUGUUUGUGAGGCAGCGUUUUUCCGAUUGGUUCUGCUAAAUGCCCAUAUGCGAAUGCAUACGGAAGAAAGGCAGUAUGAAUGUUCUGAGUGUAAGGAAGUAUUCCACAGAGCUGAUCUGAGGAUGCAUGUCAGAUCACACGAUGUAGAGUGGCCAAAAAAGUGUUCUUUAUGUGACGACAACUUUACCUCCUGGGCACGUCUUAUUGAUCAUCGACUUAAACACACAGGAGAAAAACCAUAUUUAUGCUCCAUCUGUAAGGAAGAUUUUACAAGAAAAGUUGAUGUCGAUCAACACAUGGAGAUUCAUACGCAAGAAAAACCUAGUGAUAUGAACAAGAAUACAAGAGAAAGGUUAUUUGAGUGUACUCAGUGUAAGAAAACAUUCUUCAAAGCUCAUUGUCUCAAACGUCACAUCCGAACCCAUACAGGAGAAGAACCAUGUAAGUGCGCCGAGUGCGGGGAGUGCUUUUCAUUUUGGGGGCAACUUAGAAUUCACAAAAUAAAACACACGGGAAUAAAACCAUAUCUGUGCUCCAUUUGUGGGAAAAAUUUUUGGCAAAAACGACAGUUAAGUGACCAUAUGAAAAAUCAUACGGGAGAAAGGCCAUAUAUAUGUUCUUUUUGUUCAAAGAGUUUCAAAUCUAAAGCAUAUUUGAGGUCUCACAUUCUUAGAUGUCACUGACAUAAAUCCGGUCGGAGCAUUGUGGGGGAUGAUAGCAAUACAUGUAUACUGAUCUGAAAGUUUGAACCCCCCCCCCCACUAAGGGCUAGGUUUAUGAACAUUCAUGCACAUACUGCUACCAUCUUUCAGUUAAAGAACUAUUUUUUCAAUAUCUAUAAAGUAAUGAUUUUAAUAUGCGAACAAGCUAAUUUUCAGUAGAGUGAAGACGAAAUGUCCUAAAACCUCUUUCAAUUGGUGAGUAAUUAUCACAUCACGGGCAUUACGUAUGUGUGUUUACUGUAAAUAAGUACAUUAUAUACCAUCUUUCAGUUUAGAUGCCUGUCAUGAAUUUAUUUGAUGGCUCAAAGUAUAAUGGAUUUGUUAGGGUAUAAAGAAAAAAAGGAGUGAAUUAACAGAAAUGCAGGGAGAUAGUAUUUUUGCGAGCCUUGAAAAAGUUGCUUCUGAACAGUCGUUUAAAAUGAUGUGCAUAUAGAUUUUGAUGAAGGAAAACUAUCAAUUUAAUCUACAGAAGAAAAUGAAAAAGAAUUAUAAAGAGACAGUAUUAAACAGUCAAUAUUUUGUUCAAUGAAAACCAUUU